AUGGCAAGGAAGCAGACAUCCCACUCACUCACGGUCAAACACCCGAAGGUCAAAGUCCAGGUCAACAUGCUCGAGUUUGUCGUCUCUCUCAAAGAUGGAGUCGUGUCCUCUGAGGCUCGCAACGUCCCUAUCCCUGAGCCUGCCGACGAUGAGGUCUGUAUCAAAGUCGUGGCGACCGAUUCAAACCCGAAGGACUGGAAGUUUGCCGCACGACUGACAAUAAACGGAGGGGACGACAUCGCUGGCAUCGUCCACAAGGUCGGAUCGAAAGUCUACGACUUCAAGCCUGGCGACCGCGUCGCUGCCUUCCACAAGAUGACCUACCCGGGCGGGUCGUAUGCCGAGUACGCGGUUGCACCGUCCACGACGACCUUCUUCCUACCUCCCUCCAUAUCGUUCGAGUCCGGCGCGACGCUUCCACUGGCCAGCAUGACCGCGGCGUUGGCCCUUUACCAAGGUCUGAAGCUUCCUCUACCCUGGACGCCGGUGCCCAAAGGUCAACACCUGCCGGUGCUGAUCUACGGUGGGUCGUCCGCGGUGGGCGCGUACGCUCUCAAGUUCGCAAAGCUCAGCGGCCUCCACCCCAUCAUCACCGUUGCCGGCUCCGGUAUCGACUUUGUCCGCUCCCUAGACUGCGCAGAUUACAUCGUCGACUAUCGACGGGGCAACGUUGCGGGGGAGAUCAGGAAGAUCCUAGACGACGCGGCGGAGGGCGGUCCUCUGAAGCUGCGCCAUGCCUUCGACGCCAUCUGCGAGCACGGCAGCUGGGACCAUAUAUGCGAAGUGCUCGACAAGGACGGUCCGUCUCCAGGGCAGCUCAACAUGGUGGAUCCACCUACGCCGGUGCCUCAAUGGCCCCAAGGGAUCGAGAUGAAGAGGACCUUCGUCUCGACUGCAUAUGGAGUCAAGCACAGUCUGUGCAGUGACGAGGAGGCCGCGCGAGACAGGGACUUUGCGUACGUCUUUUACAGGUACAUGAGCCUCCUUAUGGCCGAGGGGAAGUUUGAGCCACACCCGUACGAAGUCCUGCCAAAGGGCUUGUCGUCUGUCCAAGAUGGAAUUCAGGCCUUAUAUGACAGAAAGGUUUCGUCGAAGAAGCUGGUCUACAGAAUCGCGGACACUCCGGGGCUUGAAAAGUAUCAGUAA